AUGAUGUUGAAAUCUGCUUUGAGUGCAGUGCUUCUGUGGGGGCAGGUAGCAUUGGCUCUCACCCCUGCCGAAUGGCGCAGCCAGUCAAUCUACUUCUUGCUCACAGAUCGCUUUGGGCGUGAUGAUAAUUCAACCACCGCUACAUGCAACACUGGUGACCGGCUGGACUACAUUCAAGGAAUGGGAUUCACUGCCAUCUGGAUAACUCCUGUCACAGAACAAUUGUCUGCAAAUACUGGCUACGGAACAGCAUACCAUGGGUAUUGGCAACAAGACAUAUAUGAGGUCAAUCCAAACCAUGGAUCAUCUGCAGAUCUCAAAGCGCUAUCAGCCGCACUUCAUGCAAGAGGCAUGUAUCUGAUGGUGGACGUUGUUGCAAACCACAUGGGGUACAAUGGAAUCGGCAGCAGUGUGGACUACAGCGUCUUCAAUCCCUUCAGUUCCUCAUCCUACUUCCACUCCUACUGUCUGAUCAGCAACUACAACGACCAGUCAAACGUUGAAAAUUGCUGGCUUGGAGAUACUACAGUGUCGCUGCCAGACUUGGACACUACCCAAACUGCAGUUCAAACCAUCUGGAAUGAAUGGAUUACUGACUUGGUGUCAAACUAUUCAAUUGAUGGUCUGCGAAUUGACACUGUCAAACAUGUUCAGAAAUCCUUCUGGCCUGGCUUCAAUGACGCUGCAGGUGUCUACUCGGUGGGCGAGAUAUUCGAUGGAAAUCCUUCAUACACUUGUGACUAUCAAAAUUAUCUGGAUGGUGUGCUGAAUUAUCCAAUCUACUAUCCACUCCUGUACGCCUUCCAGUCGACCAGCGGCAGCAUUAGCGACCUGUACAAUAUGAUCAACACGGUGGCCUCUGACUGUGCCGACUCAACCCUUUUGGGAAACUUCAUCGAAAACCAUGACAACCCACGCUUCCCAAGUUACACGGGCGACUAUUCACAGGCUAAAAACGUGAUCUCCUAUUUAUUCAUAUCUGACGGAAUCCCCAUUAUCUAUUCCGGCCAAGAGCAGCACUACAGUGGAGCCAGCGAUCCCGCAAACCGUGAAGCCCUCUGGCUCUCGGGUUAUUCAACUACCGCUGAGCUGUACAAAUGGAUUGCUACCACCAACAAGAUCCGCAAGCUGGCUGUCUCAGCAGAUUCCAGUUACAUCACAUCGAAGAAUUCACCCUUUUAUCAGGAUAGCCACACACUAGGAAUGAAGAAAGGCUCCGUGAUAACGAUUCUUUCCAACAACGGAGCCUCCGGCUCAUCCUACACCCUUUCCCUCAGCGGAAGUGGGUAUUCUUCGGGCACCAAGCUGAUGGAGCUGUACACCUGCACGUCUAUCACAGUCGAUUCCAGCGGUAAUAUUCCCGUUCCUAUGGUGUCCGGACUUCCCCGCGCUCUGAUCCCAGCCUCUUCGAUCGGCAGCAAUGGGUUAUGCGGCUCGACAACUUCGCCGACCACGACCGCGGCAACUCAAACCACCACUGCAACUACCACUGGAACUUGCACGCAGGCAACAGCUCUACCAGUCCUGUUCAAGGAGCUUGUCACCACUUCGUAUGGACAAAAUGUCUAUAUCUCAGGAUCCAUCAGCCAGCUAGGGAACUGGGACGCGAGUAGUGCCAUUGCACUAUCCGCUAGCAGCUAUACCUCUUCCAACCCCCUGUGGCAGGUCACAAUCACAUUGCCAGUCGGGACGAAGUUUGAGUACAAGUUCAUUGAAAAGUCGAGUGGGUCUGCCACAGCCACUUGGGAAAGUGAUCCUAAUAGGUCUUACACUGUACCCACUGGAUGUGCAGGAACAACUGCCACCGUCACUGCAACAUGGAGGUAG